ACACGCGAUGCACAGCCUUGCUGAAGAGUGUGUGCAGCAGUUGAAGCAGGGCGAGUCCUUGGAGCAAUGCAAGCAGCUCAAGCACAGGGCGCUGGGUCGCAUGGCGACUGUCUUGCAUGAUCGCAAGUCCUCGCUGGGGUACCUUGAGCAAUUGCGGCAGCAUUUGUCGCGUCUGCCUUCGAUCGACCCCAACACGCGCACGCUGCUUGUGACGGGCUUCCCGAACGUGGGCAAAUCGAGCUUUGUCAACAAGGUGACGCGCGCAGAUGUUGAAGUGCAGCCGUACGUAUUUACAACCAAGUCCCUCUUCGUCGGACACACAGACUACCAGUAUCUUCGCUGGCAGGUGAUUGACACACCGGCCAUUCUUGACCACCCGCUGGAGCAGCGCAACACGAUUGAGAUGCAGGCCAUCACGGCGCUUGCGCAUCUGCGCGCGUGUGUGCUGUAUGUGAUGGACCUGAGCCAGCAGUGCGGCUUCACUGUGGAGCAGCAGUUUUCCCUCUUUGAGAACAUCAAGCCCCUCUUUGCAAAGAAGCCGCUGGCGAUUAUUGUGAACAAGGCUGACACGAUGAAGAUUGAGGAUGCGCCGACGGAGGUGCAGGAGCGGCUGAAGGCGUAUGAGGCCGAGGGCAUCAGCGUGCUGAGCAUGAGCACGCUCACGGGGGAGGGCGUGGCGCAGGUCAAGAACGCAGCCUGCGACAAGCUCAUGACAUACCGUAUGAAGUCGAAGCUUCAAGCUACACCCACGCCACACACAAUCGUUUCCAAACCAAAGACUGCCCCCGCCACAACAACUGCAACAACAGCAACAACCGCUAAUCUCAGCACCAACAACAACCCAAACACUAACAACACCAACAACUACGUGACGUCCACACCCAGCGCGUUCGCUCCGAAAACCGACGAUGCAGAACUCCCACCCUCCUACGCCGCGCCCAGCACAACCGACACCACCACGAGGACCAACAUCGGCACCGACGCUGACGACUCGGCUGCAGUCCGUGGUCCGUCCACGCUGUGCGUCACACUGCACACGCUGCGGGACUGUUUGCGCAUCUCCACGCUGUGCACGCUGGCGGCUGUGGGCAUCCAGCCGCUGUAUCACCACUUUGUGACGGGCGUGUGGCCGUGGUCUCAGCGGGCGUGGUUCGUGGCAUCGACGAUGGCGGUGCACGAGGUGAUGUACUACGGCGUCAACUCGGCCUUCCUGCUCAUGGACCGCUUUGGCAUCUGCAGCAAGCACAAGAUUGACCGAGGCAGCACGCCAGAGCCAUCGCGCGCACUCAUUGCCAAGACGCUGCGCAAGAGUGCUGUGUCGCACUGGGUCAUCCAGCCCAUCUCGCUGUACGCGCUGUUUCCGCUCUUCCUGCGUAUGGGCAUGGAUGUUGCGGGCCCGCCGGCAGCAGGGGCGCUUGUGCCGAUGAUGUGUCGGUUUGGCUUCAGCGUGCUUGUCAACGACGCCUUGUUCUACUGGACGCACCGCCUCCUGCACAUGCCGCAGCUGUACGCCCGCUUCCACAAGCAGCACCACGAAUACAAAGCCACCACGGGCUUUGCUGCGGAAUACGCGAGCCCCCUGGAGCAGCUACUCAGCAACCAGCUGCCUGUGGUUGUCGGCCCUCUGCUGUGCCGUAUGACCACAACAGAGUGGCUUGUCUUCCUCGUCUGGCGUCUCUGGCGCACAUAUGAAGACCACAGCGGGUACGACUUUCACAACACGUUCCUGGGCCGCCUCGGCUUGUCGCACGGCUACAGUGCCAUCUACCACGAUUUUCAUCACUCACACAACCUCGGGAACUUCGGAGGACCCGCCAAUGCGUUCUGGGAUCACAUUGGCGGCACACAGGACGCGUACUUGCGGUACAUUCGUCGAAACAACAUCCCAUCCUACCACACCCCAUACCUCUUUUGAUCCCCAACGCGUGCACACACACACACACACACACACACACACACACACACACACACACACACACACACACACACAUUCAAACACAUUCACGUGUGCUUCCAUCGUGUCAGCUCUUGCUUGUGUUAAAUUCUCCCCUGCCUCUGCUUCGCGCUCGUGGGUGUUGUCACCUGACCGACAUGACAGCAGUUCGUUCUUUCAGUUACCAGUGCGCUACAGCCCUCGCUGCCUCAUUCGCGUCAUUGUGCCUCCUCUCGCGUGCUUGUCUUGAGUGUUGCUCUGUAUGUUACAUUGCUUGCUGGAAUGCGUUGCUUAAUCGCCGCUGAUACGUGCAAACCAAGCUGGUCACCAAAAUACACACGCUGAACAAGAACA